AUGCAGAUGUCCGCGGUUCGCCAAGCCGUCACGAACUUGCAGAUGCCGGCUAUGUCUCCAACUAUGACAGAGGGUGGUAUUGCUAAAUGGAAGAAGCAGGAGGGCGAGGCUUUCUCUGCCGGCGACGUACUGCUCGAGAUUGAGACAGACAAGGCCACCAUAGAUGUAGAAGCUCAAGAUGACGGAAUCCUUGGCAAGAUUAUUGUCCCCAAUGGCGCCAAAAACAUCAAAAUCGGAGAGGUUAUUGGCCUUCUCGCAGAAGAAGGCGACGAUAUCUCCAACCUGCAGCCUCCUGCAGAGUCUGAAUCAAAGCCCGAAGCAUCCACUUCAGCACCGACCCCUCCUCCCGCCUCCGUCCCUGAUAAGCAGCAGUCAGAGCCGUCUAUCCCGGCCGAGCGUCCUGCCGUUCACCCGGAAAGCUCACGGCCGCUCUUCCCAUCCGUCCUCCGUCUGCUACAGGAGAAUGGCAUCAAGAGCACUGACAAGAUCAAGGGUACGGGUGUGCGUGGGAUGCUGACCAAAGGCGAUGUGUUGGCACACUUGGGGAAGGCCAGCGGCCCGUUGGGGACCUACAAGGAGCCCCCUAAAGAUGACGUGACGAAACCACCGAAGAAGGCAGAGCCUCAGAUUCUGGACGGCACCUCUAUUCGCAGACUGAUCGUGAAUAGCAUGCUGGACGCUUCGCUGAAAGCGCGAUCAGUGCCAGUUCCACCAGCAGACUUCGAUUCUAUUGUUGCGGACUACCUGCCACGAUCGAAGCCGACUUCCCCUCCUACUCUUCCCCUUUCCUCAAAGCCGUCGAAAACUGAUGCUACGUACCUAGAUGGACUAUUCUAG